GGAAGCGCGCUGCCCGGUGGAGGGGUUGAGACUGGAUCAUCACACUUUCUUUCCUGGCGCACGUCGAUCUGGGCCAUGGAUGGGAUGCAAGGAGAGCUUUUCACUGACAAGGUCUCAGAAAUGUGAGAAUUAGAAGUGGAGCUGAGGGGGGACUUGUAAAAAAGGGGGGGAUUUCAAAGAGCCCGCCUGCGUCAAAGUCUGGGGAUGAUUUGAGGAGCCUGCGUUUAAAACCCGACAUCACAGGCAAAAUGAGAAUCCAAAUAACUUGUGGGAAUUAGACAUUCGCAGGCGCAUGAUGCGAUUAGAACGCCUCUGAAGCAUGUAUGUGAACACCUGAGAUUUUUAUUCUUUAUUUUUUUGAGAGAGAUCGGUUUGUGUUCACUGUCGACCUGCCGCCAGAACUGAUUUGAAGAGAGGAGUUGUCUGUUGGGGGCUGUGUCGGACUGCCGCGCCUUUACGCACUCCCUGGAGUUCAUGUUUUGGACUGGAGGGAUCGCGUUAGGACACCAGUUUCACGCCCAGUUUGUCCCAAUUUCCAGGGUUCUGCUGAGAUCUGUCAGCCGUGUGUGAGAACAGAGAUUAUCGUCUGUCAGUGUUCAUCACAGCCUCGACAGAGUGUCUGCGGCGCCCCGAGAUCCAGAGGAGCGACAAGCCGAUCGUUCUCUCCACGACCAGACAAGGAACGCUCCGGAUCAACUUGAGAAGUGAAGUUUUAAGGCUGGAAUGUAAAAAAGAAAACGGAGGAUUCGUGCUGGACACAGGACAAGCCGCGCAUAGACCUCCAAAAUGUUUAAAAGGGGCUCUGGGCUGGAGUUCCUGCUGGUUCUCUGUGGGCUCAAGUUCUCCUGGUCCUGCCCUCGUCACUGCAUCUGCUACUCGGCGCCGAGCACCGUCUCCUGCCAAGCCCACAACUUCCUGUCGAUCCCAGACGGCAUACCUCCCGACAGCGAGCGCAUCUUCUUACAGAACAACAAGAUCCAUCGCUUACUAAGGGGCCACUUCAGUCCCAACACUGUCAUCCUCUGGAUCUACUCCAACAACAUCACCUACAUAGAGCCAUCAACCUUCCACGGCUUCUCAUUACUGGAGGAGCUGGACCUGGGAGACAACCGCCACCUGCGCUCGCUGGCUGAGGACACCUUUCAUGGUCUGAGCCGCCUCAACGCUCUGCACCUGUACCAUUGUGGUCUCACGUCACUCCCAAACAACAUCUUUCAAGGCCUCAGAAACCUACAGUACCUAUACUUACAGGAUAACCAUCUAAGGUAUCUGCAGAAUGACACGUUUAUGGAUCUCCACAACCUGAGCCACCUGUUCCUGCAUGGAAACCGUCUGUGGAGCCUCAACCAGAACACCUUCAGAGGCCUUCGAGCCCUCGAUCGCUUGCUUUUACACAAGAACCAGAUCGAAUGGGUUGAUCGUCUAGCCUUCCACGACCUGAAACGUCUCACUACCCUCUUCUUGUUCAACAACACCCUCACAGAGCUGUCUGGACAGUGUUUGGACACGCUGCCUUCUUUGGAAUACCUACGCCUGAACGACAACCCCUGGUCAUGUGACUGCAAGGCCUUGUCUCUGUGGGAAUGGUUGAAACGUUUCCGGGGUUCAACAUCGUCGGUGGAUUGCCAGGCCCCAAUUAAUAUGAUCGGUAAAGACCUUAAAGAGCUGCGCAAGGAGGACUUCUCGGGCUGUUCACCGAUCAUUUCUGAGUCCAGAGCUCAGACUAAUAACUUAUCAGGUACAGUGAAUCCAUCUAUGAAUCGAGGCGUGGCGAUAGGUUCUGGAGGGACCCACAUCGUGCACCCCUCAAGACCUGGGCCUCCUAAAAACUGCACCAAGCCUCGUAAUAGAGUGGGCAAGAAGAAGGGUGACAACGAGGUUCACCAUUCAAAGGAGGUCAUGACAGACAAGGAAGACUCCUCCCCAGACUUCUCAGAGGGAGGUAAACAUGACCACACGUCCCCAUACGGCACAGUCACACAGAGAAAGCACAAGUGCUCUCCUCGGACCACUGUUCGUCCCCCUAGUGGGGUCCAGCAAGCCAACAAUAAGGCGCCCUUAUCUAAGUCUUUACUACAAGUGCAAGCCCUCUUUGUGGCCUUGAUAUUGACAAGUAUUGACUACAUUCUCCGCUGACCUUCAGAGGGUUUAACAAAUGCUAAUCAGAGAGAAAAAAAGCACAUCAGCCCUCAGACCUUCUCUCGCUCCUGCACUGCAAGGCCUGUGUCUUUUAUGUAUGUGUGUGAGUGUGAUUAUACGUGUAAAUGUUCUUGUUGGGGGGCUUUAUUGUUUAAGCUGAAGCAAAUAUCAAAGCAUCAGUCAUCUACAGGAGGACGAUUCAGAGCAAAAAAUCAGAGAGACUGAAUAGGAAAGAAGAUGAACGCAAACUCAGCUUGCACUGCCAACGCCUGUAGGAUUUCAUCACCAUACAUUUUGGUGUCCUUUAUUUUUGAUAACUUUUUGUUAACGCAGCUGGAGCUCGGAAAACCAAAAUUUAAAGAAAAGAUUGGGGAAAUGUAAGAAAUGACAAAAGAAGGAAAGUCAACCUCACUUAUUUGUUUAUAAAAGUAUUGAAGUGAUUCUUGAGUUUGAAGUGUGUAAACGUACGCGUAACGGUAAUAAUGGAAAGUUGAUGAACCUGUGAAGCCUCCAGUGCAACUUUCAUGCUUUCUUCCAAAUGCCUUUUGUGUUCUGACUUUUGUUAAGAACAAAUAUGUGAAAAGUAAGUAUGCCAGCAAAUUGUCAGGUGAUAUGAAACAAAAAAAAAAUCAUUUUCAGAGGAAAAAUCUGUUGCCACUAUGUUUUAUGGCCAUAAAUAGAAUGUCCAUUAAACCUCACAGUAUGUGAUCCUGUAUCUUUUUUUCUCUUUCUGCCAACAUAUUAAUUUUCCUCUUACGUCUUCAUUUGCAUAAAUUCUCCUCUUUGCAUCUGAAGAUUAAGCUGCUAAUUGUUUCGAGACGACGACAAUUGCCAUUUGCUAUUUUCAUCUGCUUUGAGUCUUUGGGGAGUCAAGCUGUGAAUAACGAGGAGUCUGUCUUUAUCUUGUGUCAGGUGUUGUUCAUUUGAGGGUUUUUUUUUCCUGAGACACAUAAUGGACCUAGAGAAAUAUCCCUGCUUCAGGGCCGACGGGAGCUUUAAAGGUCAUAUGGGGAUUUCUCAGCAUCACGGUGAGGCUGUGCCGAACUGCUUCCUCCUCAGCGAGGACAUCUCAUCCUCACUGAGAAUAGGAGAAACAUCUUUUUUACAUAUAUAUAUACUUAAUUUCAAAGGCAUACAAGACUAUUAAAAAAGUGUGCUUGCAUAAACAAAAAAAACUUGAUCAAUAAUCGAUCAAAGAACACUUUGAAUGGAGCAAGUCCACCUGGGAUCGUGGAGAAUUCUGCCUCUUCUUUAAAUGGCGCAAUUGUCUGUGGAUGUGAGGAUCCAAGAAGAAGACAAUCGCUUCAGAACGGAGGAAAAUGCGGACUUGUAGGAAAUUACAACACGUCUUGCUGUUCUUCUGGAGCUUUCGUGCCUCCCUCAAAGUACGUUCUGAGUCAACGGUGUUUGUAUCAAUGUAACAAUGGAGACAAGGGGACAUCCUGCAGUGCUGGUAUUAAACAUUUACUGUAUUAAUAUGACAAAACAAUAUCAGUGACAUCAAUGAUGAUAACAGGGUUUUCUGCUCCUUUUGUGAAGAGGAGUAUUUCUGUUUAUGAUUUUUUUUAUUGUCCAUGUUAUAUUUUUAGAACCCUCUGUUUGUUACCGCACAGUUCCUCACCCCACCAUGUUCUUGUUAUGCCUAUUUGUCUGUUUCUUUCUCAUAAUUUAACUGUUCAGUAAGUUAUCAUCAAAAACAACAGCACAAUAUUGUUUAUAAAGAUAUUAAAAUCUAUAUCUUCUUAUGUC